UAAUCACUUGAAGUCAGAACACAGAGCACAUGUGCAGUUUAGCUAACUAAACGUGCUCAUUUUACAAGCUUUAUUUUGAAAUUUGUCGUCGUUCAAUUUGAUAUCAGUGCGUCAAACAUGUUUCACUUUACACUGCUGGUCAUCAAUAUCUUAAUCUCGUGGAUCUCAUUUGUUUCACCUGAAGUAAAGAGUGUGGACAUUCAAACAGGUUAUGAUCCUGGCUCGUGUGGCAAGAAGGAACGUGGUUUGUUAAAAUUGAUCAAAGAUCGUUCAAAUAAUGAUAAACUGUUAAUUUGCAAGGAAGAAAAUGGAGUUUAUGCCUGGAAAACAACGGACGGUUCCAAUCCCGCCGGAGAAUAUUUCAAUCCCGGCUACGAUUGCACGGACAUUCUGAAUAAGAAUUUCGAGUCUAGAGACGGAUUUUAUUGGAUAAAUUUGAAUCGAGGUGCUCCCAAGAGGGUUUAUUGUGACAUGACAACAGACGGUGGGGGAUUUGCGCUGAUUGGUAAACUCAACAGUUCUGUAACAUGGAAAGUUCCGUCCAAAAACACAACAGUUGAUCCAUUUGGUGAAUCUCAGUGGUCCAGUGAUCUCGGUGACGCUCCAGUUCUUGAUUUCAGAAUACAAGUGUCGACAACGGAGAACAUCGCCAAAGCAAAUGCUCACUGGUCCUACCGGCUGCAAAGUAUUCGUCCUCUUAAAAAUAUCAUGAUUGUUAAUCAGGGGGGUUGUGAUGCAACAUCACCCGGCAUUGGUGACAUCGCUUAUGUCAAAGAUCUCCGGACUGAGAAAAUCGUCACGACAAAAUUCCGUUGCUCGCAAUUUGGAACAUAUCGUCAUUUUUUCCUGAAGUCUGGAUGGGCGAUGAUGAACGAAUGCUUUGAAAAACAAUGUCCUCAUGGUUUUGCUUUUCACCAAAAAUUUCUUCUUCAAACUGACUCGUCAGGAUCUUUCAGUUACAGUGUGGUUAGCGAUACAUCAGGAAUCCGUCAAAAUUCAACCGCAUCCAUAGGUUGUGACAAAGGAGUGUGCUGCAGUUGUUUUAGUCCACCAGGUAGCACAGAAGAUCUCUGUGGCACCGAUUGUAAGGCAAAACCUGGCGCAACAUUGACAAAGAAUGUUUAUUCAUGGUUCUGGGUGAGAUCAUCUUUUCCAAAGAAAGUUUGGAACAAAUGCAUGGAUUAUAAAGUUUCUGAAGCUGACGGAGACGAGGUCUGGUACAAGUUGGUUGGUCAAAACGCUGUUCCUAAGAGAGGUCGUUGUCCUCCAAACAAUCCUCUUUUAAAUGAUGGGAUUAUAGUUGUUCCUGAUAGUAAAACCGUUAAUAAAAUUCCAGCAGUUUCAGGAAUACUAAAAUUUCGAAAAGACAAUCAAAAACUUUAUGUAAGGUCAAAUGAAAGAUGGAAUGCGAUUGCUGAAGAUAAAAAGGUGGACCAACUUAAAGCUACCUUUACUUCGGUGGUUGCAAAUCUUACGGCCAAUUUGAAUGAAUUGACACGGAUUUUAGAAAUGAAAGAAGCUUGUAUUCAAACUCAUGCAGCCAGUUGCGCCCAUUAUUAUAAAUGCGGAAUGAGACAAGACGAUGUUUAUACGAUCAAUCCAGAUGGCAUGGGAUCGUUCCGAGUCUAUUGUGAUAUGAACAGAGAUGGGGGAGGCUGGACCGUGUUCCAAAGAAGACAAGAUGGAAGUCAAGAUUUCUUCCUUGGAUGGUCAGAGUAUAAAGCAGGCUUUGGUGAUCUUAACGGCGAGUUCUGGUUGGGCCUUGAUAAAAUACAUCGUUUGACCAAAUCUGGUCAAAAUGUUCUAAGAGUUGAUUUGAUGGAUUUCAAUGGCGCUGAACGUUACGCUAAAUAUGGAACGUUUAGUGUGGCUGAUGAAUCAGACAAAUACAGAUUGAACAUUGGAAGUUAUUCAGGUACCGCAGGUGAUUCUCUUGAUUUUCACAAUCAAAUGCAGUUCUCUACCAAGGAUAGCGACAAUGAUGCUUAUAGUAGUGGUAGUUGUGCUACGAACUGUAAAGGAGCUUGGUGGUACAACAGCUGUUAUAAAUCCAGCCUCAAUGGCCCGUACCUGGGUGCAGGCAGUUUUAAUAACAGAGGAAUAAUGUGGUACCAUUGGAAAAAUUCUUACCAUUAUUCUUUUAAAAGAUCGGAGAUGAAAAUUCGUCCAAAUUAGUUUCAAAAUAAAGACGAGCUUUAGGAGAGACAUAAACAUAUUUACGUCGAAGAAAAUCAAGUCAUUUCUGAAUCGUUAACAGAACAAUGUGAAUUUUUAUUUUAGAAACUAUAAUGUUUUAUAUAGAAAUAGUUAACCGGAGGCUAUAAUAAACUGAAAAAUAAAUUACACGUUUGAAACUAUUUACUCAGUAUUUUAAGUAGUUACGCUACGACUGACAACGAUAAGUUUCUUAAGUAUCUCAGACAAUAAAUCUAUAUACAAGAUAGAAUUCCGCACAACCGGUGAUUUUAAGGUGCACCGUAAAAGAACAUUUAAAGCACCGUAAAAGAAUCAUAUACGUCCCAUGCAUGGGUAUUCAGAAACCAACUACAAAUUCAUGUU